AGAAGAAUAAUGUUAUUGCGCAUGAGCACUGUGUGGGAGCGCGUGAAAUCCACGCUCUCACUUCACCUUCUGCUGUCGAACAUGUUGCAUUACAGUGCCUAAUUAAACAAUGUGCAAAGAUAAAGUGUGGAAGACAUUGGAUUUAGCUUAAUUAAGCUCAACGAGUCACUCAAAGCUCUCUUCAGCACACUGGACAGCACUCCUCCACAAUGACUUGAUACUUAACCGCGUUCAUUUUUACCAAGGCACAAUGGAAACCAGUAAAAAUGACCCACAGAGGACCGGUAAAGAUAUCACGGACAAAAACCCGCGACACAUCAGCCGUUAUUGACUUUGGAAAGAGACAUGAACUUAUUGGAAGCAUUGCUGGAGUUACUCAUUGUCGUAAUUGCCAUCGUGUCGCUCGUGGGGAACUUGCUGGUGCUACUAUGUUUCACCUGCAGCGCGGGAGUCCGUGCACAGGUGCCCGGGAUCUUUAUCAUGAACCUCUCUUUCUGCAACAUCCUUAUCGCCGUUCUCAACAUGCCCUCUACCUUACUUGGGGUCGUAAAACGUCAAAAGCCGUUUGGCGACUACUUAUGCUACACAAUGAGCUUUAUGGACACUUUUCUGACCACCAACACAAUGUUGAGCAUGGCAGCUCUCAGUAUUGACCGCUGGAUAGCGGUGGUUUUUCCUUUAACUUAUUCCAGCAAAAUGAGACGCAAAGAUGCCGUACUAAUAGUCAGCUACGCUUGGCUACACUCGCUUGCAUUCUCUCUCACUGCUCUCCUGUUGUCGUGUGUCGACUACAGUCCCGCGUACGCGUCUUGCACGGUGCACCUUGCAGAAGAGGGCGGCCGUGGUCAGUUCAUGGUGUUCACCGUGGUGUUUCACGCAGCGACUUUUGCACUCUCGCUUUUCAUCCUGUGCUUCACCUACCUGAAAGUACUACAGGUUGCUCGAUUCCAUUGCAAGAGGAUAGAUGUUAUAACGGUGCAGACAAUUUUGCUACUAGUCGACAUUCACCCAAGUGUGAAACAACGGUGUUUACUGGAGCAGAAAAAACGAAGACAGAGAGCCACCAAGAAAAUAUGCAUAUUCAUCGGGUCAUUCAUCCUGUGUUUCGCCCCCUAUGUCAUAACACGAUUGACAGAACUGGUUCCUUCAGUAAAGAUCGACCAUUAUUGGGGGAUCGUGAGUAAGUGCCUGGUGUACAGCAAAGCUGCCUCUGACCCAUUCGUCUACUCCUUGUUACGGCAACAAUAUAAGAAGGCCCUCAUUGGAGUCUGCAAUAGGAUUUUGGGACGGCACUCAUACAUGCUCUCUAGUAACAGCAGCCCCUCAGACACAGAAAAUGAAUGUUACACCCGGAGGGUUACCAAGCUACUAAAGGAUAACUGUCACUAAAGUAGGCGAAAAAAUGACUGACACCUUGGGAAGUAUGCAUUUACUGUAGUAGUGGGUUCUGUUAAGUUAUUUCCAAAUCAAACUGCCUAUAAUUCAUUUGAGGUAGAUUUCAAAUUAAAAUGAAAAUGUAUACUGAAUUGGCCUCUUGUUAUAGAUAAUGGCUUGCACUGUGUAAUUCUUUGUGAGGCCACAGGCUGUCUACAUUUAUGAAGAGGAGGCUGAUUAAUGCAUUCAGCAUGGACAGUUACAUGGACAAUGCCGUAGUCAUUUAAGAUAUGAAAAGCUUAUUUCUGUCUACACACACCACUGUUACCCUUAUUACUGCUAGUCAGAAAAGGGAAGAAAGAUUCCUAAUGAUUGCAAUCACUGGAACUGAUUUUAUAUUUAUAUAAUUGACAUGUCAAAGAGGGCCAACAGCUCCUACUAAAAGAAAACGAUUUAUCAUACACAUUUUCAAGCUCUCAUUUUUGUAAAGGGGGAACUUUUGCCAAUCACUGGAUUUUCUUUAUUUACAACAGUCCUAUAAUGUGUGUUAUAAUGUACAUACUGAAAUAAAAUCAGUUAGCAGAAGAGUAAGAAUUGUGUUAUUUACUUAGUAACUUUUAUUUAUUUACUUAUUUGGAUAAACUGUCCAUGGUCAAGAUACAUGGCAUUAACCCACUCGCUGCCAUGUUAAUUUAAUGUACAUCACUAAUGUACAUCAGUUUUACAGGAUUGCAGUAAUAAGCCCUAUAGUCUAAGAUUGCUGUUUCUGAUUGGAUUCAGCUUUCCCUGAAUAUUGCAUCUUUUAGUCUCUGCCACUGACAAUCAUCCCCACAGCAUGAUGCACCAACAUCAACACAAUAUUUAUCUAUGAAUAUGGAAUCAACCUGUUUAUAAAUGAUAGUACCUGGUUUUUGCCAGGCAUGACAAACUCAAGGACACCUGUCUUUUAGAUAAACUAUAUUGUAUUGCCUGGUGCCAGAAGGCUAGAGGGAUCUCUAGAAGAGAAAUUCAGAGCACUGUGUUCUUAUUAAUUGGUAGAUAAUUGUGCUGCUAAUUGACAGGGUUAGUAGAACUACCAUCUGACUGCUUCACUGCCACCACCGCCUUUUAGUCCAGGUUGAGGAUCACGUAUGGAAAACCUCUAUUAGGUACCUGCCUAUUAACAUCCACGUGUUUGGAAACCAGGCUUUUAGCCAAAUUUAAGUGAUGCACAUACUGCAAGGCAAUGGUAUUUAUUCUCGUCAUGGCUAGCACUGAAAUUGUACACAUUUUAUUAGUCUGAGACCUUACUAUGUCCUCAAUGCUUGAAGGAAGUUAAGAGCUGAAUACCAGUUCUUCUUCCACAUGUCACAGCAUAAACACCUUCAAUGAUUGUGUAAACAAAUAACACUAGUAGAACAUCAGUACCCUCAUGGCAGUUUUUAAACAUGCUGUGGUGAAAAUGUGCUGGCACAAACUAUGGAAAAUGCACACUUGGUGGAAUAAGAACAAAAACAAACAAGGUUUGCUGUUGCAAAAGCGAUUCAUGGCAUUACAUAUUUUCAGAUCUAGCGUUCACAGAGUCCUUAUAGGUUUUAAAGGGAUGGGUGAUAAACAGAUCAAUUUUAAGUCUUUUUUUUUUUUUUUUUUACUAUAAAUUCUCCUCCCUGCCCAGCACAAAUAAUGCAAAUCGUCAAAAACUAAAGAAGUCAAAGUGAGAUAUAUAGAAAAAAAGGACUUAAAUAUUGACCUUUUUCUCACCCACACCUAUUAUAUCGCUUCUGAAGAUGUGAAUUUUACCACUGGAUAAUGGUGUGUCCAGGCUUUUUUGACUGGGGUGGCCAAUGUGGGGCACAGACUUAUUCAAGGGUGACAUGAAGCGUAACUCAACAUCCCUGAUAUUAAUAAUAAUAAUAAUAAUAAGAAGAAGAAAUGUAUAUUUUCAGGAUUUUUUAAUAGUCAAAUGUUACUUAGCUAAAUAAUUGAUUAAUUGUUAUUAAAUGUUAAUACUGCA